AGUGUGUUUUCCAAGGCGGUUGGCUUGCCCUGCCAUGGGGAAACCGUAGCACAGUGAAUCUGUCUACGUAGGGGUCUUCCUUUGUCAUUCCUGUUUUCCAACCUCCGACUGCAUCUGCGACAACCCCUCUGGGCAAACAAUGUCUCACCUUCUUCUCUUUCGGCUCCGUCAACCUCCCAACCGACCCCGAAUCCUGAACUCCCACGGGACCCGGAGUGAAAUUCAAGCAACCCCCUUGAAAAUCUCGUCUCCAUAUGUGGAACGGGUGGUCCCGCACCCCGUGCGCUAGAUACUGCCAGAGUCAAAAGAAAUUCGCAGACACAGAUGGCGCUGCACGUCCGAUCACCAGUCAGCUCAUUUUGCACGCAGAUCAUUGGCGUUGGGUCUGUGUGCCGCAAGAGUUCAGUGAUCGAACUUCGAAGAGAACCCGUUCUUGAUGUGAACUGUGGUUCUCCUGGGUCAUGUUCCAUGGAUAUGCUGGGGGCUGCCGGGGGCUGCCGGGGACUGACUGGAUGGAACUACCGUUUCGCUUAGCCCGCUCCCAGUGCGUGCUCGCCCAACUAAUCGCUGCAGGUGACGUUUAUGGGUGGAAAAUCUACCGUACCAUGGC